AUGGCUACCGCCCUAGCGGUUUCUUUCUCCAAGCAACGUCGUGGGACCGUUGGUGGGCGUUUGAGGCGUCAAAAUGCGACUGGUCGAUUUAACGAAGAACUAAAUCAAUGUGUAGAUGAUAUGGAAGAGAAUUCUGAAUCGACUGGUCGAUUUGUACGGCAUUCCAGUCGUUUGGCCAAAAGAUCUGGCCAAUUUUCGACCAAAAGUGCAGGUAGGCCGAAAGGUGAAGUCGACCCGACAUUGAAGCGAGCACGUCGAUCAGCACGGCACGCUACAACUUCAAAUCAGAAUUUUUUGGAAUCUACAGAGUCUUCUGAAUAUUCUACGUCAAUUUCAACUCAUCCUGAAGCCGCAGCGUCAUCUUCUGACUAUGUUUCAAACCAACAUCUUCAAUAUCAACCAUCCGGCCAUUUUUCCGAUCAAAAAACUCGAAUUGGUCGAUCAAGCGUAACUUCAACAGACGCCCAAGACAUUUCAACAGAAUCCUCAAUCAAUUCCAGCCAAUGUAGUCAAGUUUCAGUUCAGUAUGAUGAGUUAGAAGAAGGUUACAGCCGUUUGAACGAAGGAAAUUUGGAAAAUUCUGGAAAUUUCGAUGUUGAUUUAGUUGGAUUUCGAGGGAAAAGCGGACUGUUAUUGGGUGAAAAUGGAGUUUUGAAGAGUAAAAAUGGUCAAUUAUUAUGUAUUAUUUGUGGUCGAGAUGGAGCUGGCAAACACUACGGCAUUCAAUCUUGUUUGGGGUGAGUUAUUUGAUAUUGUAAUAGGUUUUGUGGGUAUAGGCGUUAGGUUUUGCGUUUUUUUGAUGGCUUGUUGGAUUGAAAGACUGUUGAAUUAUAUAUCAUAUGAAAGCUAAAAUUCUGGAGAUUUUAGAAUUUAGAAGAAACUUUCUUUACAGUUCAAAAAAUUGGUUUUUCGAAUAAAAAAUGGCCGAAAAAGGGUAAAAAUUCCCAUUUUUUGUUGUUUUUGCGUCCUUUAGGUUAUUUUUGAUAAGUUUAGGUAUUUGAUUCACAACAAUAUGUUAAUUUAGGUAUUUAAAAUUGACUUUGCUUUACGUUUUACCUAAAAUUAAGUUAGUUUUCAAGUUAUAGACGAUUUAAACAUGAAGAAACCGUUAUCAACUUUUUACGUUCCUUUUUUUCCGAAAACACACGUGGUCUGACGGCAGUUUCACUAAAGUUUUAAGUCAAUAUCACACUUGAAGUGACUGUUUUGAAAAUAAUAGAUUACUACAAAGCAUAAUAUGCCUGGAAUACCGCAUCAGGAAGUAUUUUACAUAUAUCGAAUGACUUUUAUUAAAAAACUUUUUUAAUUUACUGUUGUUAAGGUUAGCCAUAGCUGUAGCAAAAACGCUAAUCUAAGCCUAAACCCUGGCCUAAGAGCCCUAGCCCAGAGCCCUAGCCUAAGUCAUAGCCUAAACCAUAACCUAUGGUCUCACCUAUGCCCUAGCCUAACAACCAGCUCUAGCUUUGCUUUAACAAUAGCCCUAACUCGCCGUGUCAUUGCAUUAGGGGUCUAAUUCUAGUCUUAGUAAAAGCCCUAGACAAGGUCUAGCCUGAUCCCUGGUCCUUGCAUCAGCACUAGCCCUAGCCAAAGCCCUAGCCUCACUAUUAGUCACCAGAGCUCUGUUUCUUGUCUUUGCACGCGUCCUAGCUAAAUAAUCCGUUUAGCUUUACCAAAGUCUUACCCUAGCCAAUCCCCUCCCCUACUUUACACCACCCUACCCUUCCAAAUUUUAUUUCAUCUUGUCAUCAAAAACUACAAUUUUUAAACUUCCGCUUCAACAAUUUCAAGAAAUAACUUAUCAUCAAUGUUUUUUGAUUCGUGUUUCUAGUUUGUGGCCUCGGGCGAUCAGUGAGUGUUCAAUACUUUGCAAGACAAAUAACAUAUUGUUUUCGAGUUCAACAACCAAUUACGUAGUCAUUUGUCACAUUUUAACGAAGAAAGAUACUUUUAAGGUUAAUGAAAGUGCAUUUUUAGUGCGUUUUGCAAAAAUUUCAAAAAUUUAAAAAUUUUUAAAUUUAAAAGUUUCGAAAAUCGUGUUUUUUAACUUAAAAAACCUCAAAACGGGGUCUUUUAGCAACUUUAUACUUAAAAACUCAUAAAUAAUAUAAUCUUUAUACCUAAAACAUCAAAAAUUUUAAAAUUUGGCUUAAAUUUUAAAAAUUUCAAAAAUUUUUUUAAAAUUUAAGAUUAUCAAAAAAAUUUAAAUUUUAUAAAAUUUCGUUCUAGAUGCAAAACCUUCUUCCGACGAGCAGUAAUCCACAAUCGACGAUACUUCUGCGACAAUAACUUGGAAUGUGACGCGAGAGAAAAGAAGAGCCGUGGGCCAUGCGCAGCCUGCCGCUUACAUCGAUGUUUUAUGGCUGGAAUGACAAAAGAAGGUAAUUUUAACAUUUUUUAAUUUUAUAUGUUUGCAUUUUAAUUAUUUUUCUUUAGUUUUUGAAGCUUGAAACGGAAGGCCGAUUUUGGCGGGAAACUUGAAGUUUGAAUUUUUUGUUUUUCGGUAUUAAAAUGAAAUUUUAUGGCUUAAUUUAAGCGUUUUAUAGGUUUUUACUAUUGUAUUUUAUCUAUUUCAUUAUUGUUUUACAACUUUAAAAGAUUAAAACAUAAUGACAAUUUUGGCGCGAAAAAUAAAAUUUGAAUUUUUUAGGUAUUAAAAUGCAAUUUAUGUAAUGGCUUAAUUAAGAAAAUUUUUGAUUUUUGCAAUUGUAUUUUACCUUCUUUAUUAUUUUUUUACAAUUAUAACAGCUUUAAACACAAUGCCAAAUUUGGCGGGAAAAUGAAAAUUUGAAUUUUUAUGAGAUUUUUAGAUAAAAUAAUUCAUUUUAUAACAGCAUAAUACACAAUAGUAUCAGAUUUAUAAUUUUUUUACAAUUAAAAUAACUUUAAACACAAUGCCAAAUUUGGCGGGAAAAUUUAAAAUUUGUAUUAUUUGCCGUUUUCUAAUAAAUUAAAGUUCCACUUUUUUACAGCCCUAAAAGGAAAACGUGAUAUAAUACCACUCAAACCCAAAACUCGUUCAAAACGACAGUCAUCAAAUGAAGAAAAUGUCACUCCAUCGCCUGUACAGACUCCAAUUGAAGUGAACAUACCAUUAGAUUUGAAUAAUCUGAUCGACCCGUUGACUGAAUUGGAUUACCGUACUCGAGAGAACAAGCUACAGAGAUUCGAUUCCAUGACAAGAGCUAGGAAGUUGUCAUGCGAUUUGACUGAUAAUGUAAGUGAGGGCUGGUAGUUUAGAUGUUUGGUAUAUGAUGAUAGAUUGUAAAUGCUAAGAGUAUGGUAUGGCUAGUAUUGGGUAGGGGUUGGCUAAGGUUACUUUAGGACCGAUAUAGAGAAAGGUAGAGUUGCUGCUUAAUUACAAUAGGUCUAUGAAAGGUUUGUGUUAGAAAUAACAUAGGGCCUGAUUGAGUAAGGUUAUGUUAAGAUACUGUAACGCUAGGCUAUUGCAAUGGUAGGCCUUAGUUAUGGUAAAUCAGAGUAGGGUAAGGGCAAGUGCAGGGUAGGGCAGUGAAGGGUAAUGUACAGCAAGGUAGGGUAGGUAAGGUAGAGUAGGGUAGGGUAGGGUAGGGUAGGGUAGGGUAGGGUAGGGUAGGGUAGGGCAGGGCAGGGCAGGGUAGGGUAGGGGUAGGGUAGGGUAGGGUAGGGUAGGGUAGGGUAGGGUAGGGUAGGGUAGGGUAGGGUAGGGUAGGGUAGGGUAGGGUAGGGUAGGGUAGGGUAGGGUAGGGUAGGGUAGGGUAGGGUAGGGUAGGGUAGGGUAGGGUAGGGUAGGGUAAGGUAGAGUAGGGUAGGGUAGGGUAGGGUAGAUUACAAUCCUCUAUUAAAGUUAUUACAGUACCCUCCAUUUGCAUACUUCACCGGCCUUCGAAUUGUGGAUACUGUAGAAUUGGCGGCUCUAGCAUCGGUUGAAAUGUACGCUAUGGUAGAAUGGGCGGAUGGGUUAUCAUUCUUUCACAAUUUAUCAGUUUCUCACCGUGCAGCCGCGUUAAGAAGAUACUCUGUUUAUCAACUAGUAAUCGAAACGGGUUACUGUACAGCUGUGUCACAGUAUGACGAUGUUUGGAUGAUGCCGAAUGGCACUUGUAUGCCACGGGAUGUCGCUUUUUUGCCCGAGGAAAGUCAGGUAGGGUAAUAUUGUUGUUUUUAGGUAAUAAACUUAGAAAUUGCAAGAACUUUCUUUACAAAAUGAAAAAUGGCAAGAACUUUCUUUACAAAUUGAAAAAUGGCAAGAACUUUGUUUACAAACUAAAUAAUGACUAGAACUUUCUUUACAAAACUAAAAAUGGCAAAAUUUUUCAGUACUGUUGGGAAUUUUGAACGUAUUUUACAAAAAAAAUUGUAGAAAAUAGUGAACCCAGACCGGGCAUGGCGUCAAGAAAAGCUGUACAACCAGAUGACCAACAGUUGUAUCGAUGACGUCGCUAUGCCGAUGAGACGGCUCAACAUUUUACCUCAGGAGCUAGCAACACUAAAAGUGAUCGUAUUCUGUCAGUCUUGUAACUUUGUUUGUCGAGAACUAUUUGAAAGCGGAUGUGAUGUACAAAGCAGUUUGGGCUACAUAGAAGAGUUCAAGGAUAAGGUCAUUAAAGACUUGUUUUGCUUUUAUCAAAUCAGCCGAAUGGAGAAUUAUGAAGGUAAGGAUAUACCUUGCCUUGCCUUGCCUUGCCUUUGCUCUGCCUUUUCCCUGCCUUUUUCCUGUUUUUGCCCUGCCUUUGCCCUGUCUUAUGUCUGCUUUUGUUCUGCCUUGCCUUUCCCUGCCCUUCUUUGAUUUCCCCUUGAACUGCAUUGUCUUACCAUAGUCAUGCCAUGCUCUAGCUUCCUGUACCUUGCUCUGUCUUUGACCUACCAUGCUGAAUCUACCCUACCCUACCGUGUCUUAUCUUUGCUUUCUCUUACGUAUCAAACUUACCGUACCUUUAUAUUUAUUUACUGUACAAUUUUAGAAAGAUUCGGCAAUUUACUACUAAUCGUAUCUGGUAUUGUAUCAACAGCCACAUUCCUACGAGAAAGCUACCAAGUAAUGCGAGUGUUCGGCAUCGUUUUGUUUGACAAUUUUACUGAAAAACUUCUAUUUUCUGCUGAAUCUGACGGUUUUGUUCUGUAA